CAUAAUGAUCGUUUGGGAGGGGUUAAGAGUGGCCGAUGAAAAGUCUGUGCGGCGGGUUGCGGAAGGCUCGACGGCUCCUUUACCGUUACCUGAGUCGGUGGGCCCGGCUUUAUCAACUAUCACCGUCUCCAUCGUCGACCUCCAUCCCCGGCUUAAGACCACCUCCUUCUGGCAAAUAAACCACCUACAGACGUGCGAGCUUUGAAACCAUUUAAGCACGAGCAAUUCGACACUUCCUAUCGGAAAAACAUCUAGCCUCAUUCAUACCUAGCAGACUCCACCUUCAAAGAAAAUGAAUUCUCAAGACGAGCUCGCGGAAUACCAGGAAUUGUUCCUGCUCUACGAAAAAACCCAUGAAAUCGACUAUCUCGAGGCAGCUAUCGCGGUUGCUGAAACCAUGGAGCAGUCGGACGACAACACCGUGGGAACCGACUUACGCAAAAUGGUGAAUCUGAAAGUCGAACUAUCUCAAGCCGCGGCCGAACCAGAUAUUAUUCCGCGGGGUGUUCCGCAAGACGAUACCGAACAUGCGGCAGAGAAAAGUGCGCAGAUCUUCUCUCGAUAUCAACGAACGAAAGGAUUGAAGGAUCUGAACGAUGCCAUCGAGUUGGCAAAGAUUUCGACCUUGACGCCCCCGAAGCAUCCGGCUCGACCGCUUAGGUUGAGCAGAGUCUGUAUGAUGUUAGCGGAGAGAUUCGAACGGCUUCGCAACGGUGAUGACUACAAUCACAUCCUCCGAAUAAUCACUGCGGUGCAAGAUCUCACAGAAGAUACUGCGAACGGAAGCGGAGAUACUACCAUCCAAUCCUCGGUCUCGCGUAUCAUGGCAUCCGUAAUCUCCAGGAUCGACGGCUGGAUAUUCAAUGGCAUCAUUCGUUCUCUAGACGAUCAGGUUGAUGCCAGUCGCGUACUCAUCGACCCACGAGCGGAUAACCAGCAAGUAGGCGGCAUGCAGCACUGGAUCACCAAACGCCCAAACAUGCCAUAUGUGCGCGGCGAGACCGACACAAGUGGCGCGAAAGGAUCGAACGCGGGCAUGAUGUAUCAUAUCUUAUUCCCGAGGGAACCGGAAGACAUCGAUGAAGCGGCAACCCACGAGAGUGAAAUGCUGGCGGCGACUCCCCAGGAGGAUCCCCGUCGAAUGCACUGGUAUUGUGUUCUGGGGCAGCAAUUUUUGCGACGUUAUGUCGAGCGCGAAGUGCCGGAGGACCUAGAGCUAGCCAUCCGGUUCGGUGAACAAGCGGUUGCGGCAAUUCCUCCAGGAAACAUUGGACGGGUGCAAACAUUGCUUUGCUGGGCAAAUAUAUGCAGUGUUGUGCACAUGGCUACGGGAGACUUGAGCCAACUCGAUAUUGUCAUCCAGGUGGUUGAAGAGACGAUAUCUGCAUCAUCGGUGCCAGGCGCCCCCGCCAAAUGGUUCUCCCUAACCUUGUUGGCAAGCGUUUACAGACGGAGACAUGCGACGGCAAACGAUGUGGAUGAUCUAGACGACGCAAUCGAGCUUCUCGAAGAGGCAAUGACUCUAACCAAAGAUACCAAUCCCGUCGAAUUGGCCGCGGAACGCGAAAGUCUGCUAUCAGUCAUAUACCUCAGUGCUAUCAAUUCUACCUCCGACCUCGAUCGGGCCAUAAAACUCCAUGAAGAUGCACUAGAUAUCGCCAAAGCAGCGGAUGACCUUGCCCGUGGAAUCAAAUACGGCGAGAACAUAUUGAGAGCAGCUCGUUAUUUGAAGAUGGAUUCGGAACUGACAGGACGGAGAUUCCUCCACCCCGAACUGAUGCGAGAGGUUGCCCGGUUUGUGGGAGUCAUGUUGGUUGACCGAUACAUACACUUGGAUGGUGAUCCAACCGACCUCGAUAAGGCAGAAAAAGUACUCCACAAGGCGAUAGAGGGCGCAACCGGUACCCCUGCUUCCCACCUCCAAUGGCGAAUCAGCCAGUUGCACUUGGCAAAGUUCCGACAAACAUCCAACCCUCAGGAACUCGAAAAAGCGCACAGGUGGAUUCGAAAAGCGCUGGAAACGUUGCCUUCGAGCGAUGACGAGUACAGGUAUGUAUUCGCGGAAGAGCUUGCAAUGAUAGUCGAUGCACAAAUGCAAUACGAAAAUACUCAUACUGGGAAUUACCGCGCGGUCAUAUCGAAAUGGCAACAACUGUUGAUGUUAUAUUUGCAGCAGUGGGAAUCAGAGAAUUUGAUGCCAAACCCCCGGAUCCUUGGAGCUCGAAAUGCGGCGAAUAUUUACCUCCAGAUUGGUAUGGUGGAGGAAGCAUACUCACUGCUAGAGAAGGCCGUCGCGGAGCUGCCACGACUGUGCCAACGUUCGGGACGACGGGAUGACCAGCAGUAUAUGCUGUCCUGUGCCGAAGUAUACGAACUAGCAGCAAUCGGAGCAUCGGUCGCAAUUCGAGCCGGGAGAGGCGCCUAUCAAGCACUCAAAAUGCUCGAGUUUGGUCGGGUGCUCAUAUCCGGGUUUUCCAUCGAUUGCAGGAGCGAUCUGUCAGAUCUCAGAGCAUCCCACCCAGAGUACGCCGAUAUAGUCGAAAAGCUGAGAACUGAAAUGGAUUACCCACACGUUGAGGAGCGACGGCAACGCGGGCGGAAGCUCGCCACUGCUGAAUUCGAAAAGAUAUUGCAUCGUAUACGACAGUUGCCCGGACACGAAGAAUUCUUGCUUCCACCGCCGCCGGAAUCCCUGAUGAAAAUUGCUGCGGAUGGGACUAUUGUUAUGAUCAAUUGCAACGCGCAUGGGAGCGACGCCAUUACUGUCACAUCCUCUUCGAUACAGUCACUACCACUUCCUAGGCUCCUAUACAAGGAUGUCGAACAGCACAUGGCUGGUAUGAGCGCGAGUCUAAAAGGCACAGCACGAAACUACAACUCGAGGAACAAAUCGAUGGGUAAGCAUCUUCUUUGGUUGUGGGAAGCGGUGGUGGCGCCAGUACUCGACCAUUUACAACUCGAUGAAUCCAACCCGACACGCAUCUGGUGGAUCGGGGUUGGAAAGCUAAGCAUGGCCCCUUUCCACGCCGCUGGAGACCAUUCCCCUGGCUCAACCAACAACACCCUCGGUCGAGCAAUAUCAUCAUAUGUUCCGUCCAUCAAAGCCCUUUCAUACACACGCCAAAAGCAGCUCAACUUAUUUCCCGAGCCCGACUGGCACCCCUCUUUUCCGGACCACGGCGAAGGACAGCCCGUGGCUACCGAAAAACCUCGACUCCUGAUGGUCACUAUGCCGACCACAGCGGGAAGUAGCCCACUUGCCGGGGCAAAACAAGAAGCUAAAGACAUUGCCGGAGCAUUAUCCUCGGGUUCAGUUUCCGUAACGGAACUUGAGCGGCCAUCCGCCGCACAGGUUCUCGAGCAACUGCGAACACACCACAUCCUACACUUUGCCUGUCACGGUAUUUCGGACCUGGCCAACCCAUCGGACAGUCGAUUACUCCUGCAGAGUCCCGAUCCGACCAGCAGCGAGCCAGACACGCUUUCCGUCCGUGCGGUGUCGAGCGCGAACACGGAUGUGGCACAGAUCGCAUAUCUAUCGGCUUGUUCGACGGCGGAAAAUCGUUCCGUACUCCUGGCCGACGAAGCUAUUCAUAUCGCCAAUGCCUUUCAACUCGCUGGCUUCAGCCACGUUCUAGCGACGCUCUGGGAAUCCGAUGAUCGGCUUUGCCGACGGGUUGCGACGGAGUUUUAUAAGAAUCUGUUCAAUGGAUCGGCCGGCGUUGAGGGGCAUCUUAAGGUAGCUAGGGCUUAUCAUCUGGCGGUGAAGACGGUUCGAGACAAGAAGCCGAAGGAUUUUUUGGGAUGGGCGCCGUUUAUCCACACCGGUGCUUAGGUCAUGUGUUUUUGGAUUCAUUACAUUUUUCUUUGGAAGGGGGAUAUCUGAAUGAUGAAGACCUUUUGGUGCAGCACAUAGAGGUGUACGAGUGCCUCGGUGGGCUGGUAGGUAGACUGGUAGUGUGUUUAGGUCAAGUAUCUUGUACACCAC